AUGCAAAAGUAUCAAUCAACAUUUAAUAGAGUUCAAGAGAUUGUUCAAAAUAUUAAAAGAGGAGUUGUGUAUGGAGCAUAUCAAUCAUCUUCUCCAAUUCUUUCAUUAUUAUCAAGACUUAUUGAGAGAGAGCAUUUUGAAAGACCUGGAGAAUUAAUGAAUGUUUUAAAAGGAAUUGGUAAAUAUGUUCAAAUAGGGACACAAUCAGAAUAUGCUACAGUAAAUAUUGUUCGUCGUGUUAUGUUUAUGGCAAGAGAAGUUGAAAAAAGUAUGUUAAAUGAAGAUUUUGAUGUACAAGCAAAUGAAUUACAUAGAUUAACAUUUGAACAUCAAACAACAAGUACAGUUGAUAUGGUUAAAUAUAAAGAAUUAUUAGUUGAAAUGAUUAAAGAAUUUCAACAAGAAUUAUCUACACUUUAUGAAAGUAUUGCAGAACAAGGAGAAUUGUAUAUUAAUGAUAAUGACACUAUUUUAUUAUAUGGUAAAUCAAGAACUGUAUUAGAAUUUGUAGCUGGAGCAAAAAGAAAUAGAAAAUUUAAUGUUAUUGUUAUUGAAAGUUUACAACGACAUGAUGAACAAGAAAUAGUUAAUGAUUUAAAAGCUAAAGGAAUUCAAUCACAUUUAAUUUCUGAAUCAUCUUUAUUCAGUAUUUUACCUCGUGUAAAUAAAAUUAUUCUUGGAUGUCAUUCAGUUUUUGCAAAUGGUGGACUUGUUGCUACUUCAGGAGCUUAUAAUUUAUGUAGUGCAGCUAACCAUUUCCAUGUACCAGUUUAUGUAUGUACUGGGGCUUAUAAAAUUUGUCCAAAUUUCCCAACAAAUUCAAAUGGAUUUUCUUUAAUUCAAUCACCAUUACCAAUAACACCAGCAAUUUUAUCUACACCAGCUAUUGGUCGUACAACAACUGGACUUGAAGAAGUUCUUACAAAGAAAUCAGAUGUAGAUGAAACUGUUGUUGUUAAUGAAUAUCAAAUAAAAGAAGCUCAAUAUGUUCGGGUAAUUAAUUCUACAUUUGAUUAUAUACAACCUGAUUGGAUCAAUUUAUUCAUAACAAAUGAAAAAGGUGUUUCACCAUCUUAUAUUUAUCGUCUUGUUGCUCAAUUAUAUAAUCCUGAAGAUACAUUCUUUAUUGAAAGUGGAAAUUAA